GCGCUCGGGAGGCGCCAACAUGGCGUGGCGGUGCUGGGCCCGCGCCGCGGGUCCGCGGCCGCACAGGCUGGCGCUGCUGCUGCUGCAGCCGCGGCGGGGUUUCCGCCGGGCGCGGCCGCGGCCCGAGGAGCCCCCGGCAGCCGCCGCCGAGGCGCGGCCCGUGCCGCCGCCCCGCCGCAGCCUCUGCCCGCCGUCGCCCACCGCGGCCGCGGGCCGCCCCUCGCCGCGCCGCCUGCUCAAGCCGCUCCUGUUCGCCGUAGGGUUCACGGGCUCGGCCUUCGGCUCCGCCGCCAUCUGGCAGUAUGAGUCGCUCAAGUCGCGCGUCCAGACCUACUUUGAGGAAGCUCGAGCGGACUGGAUGGAUAGAAUGCGGCCGCAGAAGAGAGGCGACUUCAGAAAGCAGGUUAACAGCUGGUGGAAUAACCUGACUGAGGGUCAGCGGACUGUGACAGGUAUCAUCGCUGCAAAUGUCUUUGUAUUCUGUUUGUGGAGACUGCCUGGCAUGCGACGGAUUAUGUUUACAUAUUUCACCUCAAAUCCAUCCUCCAGAGCCCUGUGUUCUCCCAUGCUGCUCUCUACAUUUAGUCACUUCUCUCUCUUCCACAUGGCAGCAAAUAUGUAUGUUCUGUGGAGCUUUUCCAGCAGCAUUGUCUCUCUCCUGGGCUGUGAGCAGUUCAUUGCAGUAUAUCUUUCUGCUGGGGUUAUCUCCACUUUUGUCAGUUAUGUUGCUAAAAUGGCCACAGGAAGGUUUGAACCAUCCCUUGGAGCUUCAGGAGCUAUAAUGACUGUCCUUGCAGCCGUGUGUACGAAGAUGCCAGAGGCCAAACUGGCCAUCAUACUUCUUCCGAUGUUCACAUUUACAGCAGGAAGUGCUUUAAAAGCCAUAAUUGCAUUUGACACUGCAGGGCUUGCUUUAGGCUGGAGACUUUUUGACCAUGCUGCACACCUUGGGGGAGCUCUCUUUGGAAUGUGGUACGUGACUUACGGCCAUGAGCUCAUAUGGAAGAACAGAGAACCACUGGUGAAAGCUUGGCAUGAAAUGAGGACAAAGAACACAGGAAAGGGAGGAGGUGGAAGAUCUAACUGAUUCUAAUCCCAGAGAUUCCUUGUGCCCAAGUGGUAUCUUACUUGAAGACAUGGGAUUGAAUUGGUUUUGAAGGGUUUUUUGCUACUCCACAUUAAGCCUCUAAGGAGCUGAGGUUUCUAAUGUAACAAAAUUAUGUUACAAAAAUGCAUAUCCAUAGAAAAUGAACUCUGACAAAGGUGGAACAAUAAAGGGUUUUUUCCUAUUGCUUUCUGAGGUAACAGUCUGCAUUACCUUUUUAAAGGUGGAAUAAAACAUGUUUUUCAAUUAA